AUGGCAGGCCACAAAACCCCCAUUCUUCUGAUCAUCUAGCACUUCUUUCAAUCCUUCACCGUUCAUUUCAUAAAUGCCCAUUUCGUUGGUGCUGCCGAAACGGUUCUUGGUGGCGCGCAGCAGGCGGUAGAUGUGGUUGCGGUCGCCUUCAAACUGCAAGACCGUGUCCACCAUAUGCUCCAGGAUCUUAGGCCCCGCCAGACUUCCCUCUUUGGUAAUAUGCCCGAUCAUAAAUACCGGCACAUUGGUUUCCUUCGCAAAGCGCAGGAACUCCGAAGCGCAUUCGCGCACCUGGCUUACACUUCCGGGGCUGCUGUCGAUAUAGCUGCUGCGGCUGCACGGUGUUGA